GGGAGCUUGCACAGCGAUGCCGGGGGGCGCCCCGAGUUAGGGGCCCCCCGAGGACUUGAGCCCCCCAAGUCACCGGCCGGUCCGGACCCCCCUCGCCAUGCAGAAGAGCGUGCGCUACAACGAGGGGCACGCCCUGUACCUGGCCUUCCUGGCCCGCAAGGAGGGCACGAAGCGCGGCUUCCUGAGCAAGAAGGCGGCCGAGGCGAGCCGCUGGCAUGAGAAGUGGUUCGCCCUCUACCAGAAUGUGCUCUUCUACUUCGAGGGCGAGCAGAGCGGCCGGCCCGCCGGCAUGUACCUGCUGGAGGGCUGCAGCUGCGAGCGGGCGCCCGCCCCGCCCAAGGCGGCGUCUGGGGCCGCUGCUGGCAAGGACGCCCUGGACAAGCAGUAUUACUUCACUGUUCUCUUUGGCCAUGAAGGUCAGAAGCCACUAGAGCUCCGAUGUGAAGAGGAACAUGAGGGUAAGGAGUGGAUGGAUGCCAUUCAUCAAGCCAGUUAUUCAGACAUUCUGAUUGAGAGAGAAGUGUUAAUGCAGAAGUACAUCCAUCUAGUUCAGAUCGUAGAGACAGAAAAAAUUGCAGCUAACCAACUCCGACAUCAGCUUGAGGAUCAAGACACUGAAAUUGAAAGGCUUAAAUCAGAGAUUAUUGCUCUUAAUAAAACCAAGGAACGAAUGCGACCAUAUCACGGCAACCAGGAAGAUGAAGAUCCGGACAUCAAAAAGAUUAAAAAGGUUCAGAGUUUCAUGCGAGGAUGGUUAUGUAGAAGAAAAUGGAAAACCAUUGUUCAGGAUUAUAUCUGUUCUCCCCAUGCUGAAAGUAUGAGAAAGAGAAACCAGAUUGUUUUCAACAUGGUUGAGGCUGAGUCAGAGUAUGUGCAUCAGUUGUAUGUUCUUGUUAACUGUUUCCUUCGCCCUUUAAGAAUGGCUGCAAGCUCAAAGAAACCUCCAAUUACCCAUGAUGAUGUCAGCAGCAUUUUCCUCAAUAGUGAAACAAUCAUGUUCCUCCAUGAAAUAUUUCAUCAAGGACUAAAGGCAAGGAUUGCUAAUUGGCCUACUUUAAUUUUAGCUGACCUAUUUGAUAUUCUACUACCAAUGCUUAAUAUUUAUCAAGAAUUUGUCCGCAAUCAUCAGUACAGUCUUCAAGUGCUAGCCAAUUGUAAGCAAAACAGAGAUUUUGACAAACUCUUGAAACAGUAUGAGGCCAACCCUGCCUGUGAAGGGAGAAUGCUAGAAACUUUUCUGACCUAUCCCAUGUUUCAGAUACCUCGGUAUAUUAUAACACUCCAUGAACUUCUUGCUCAUACCCCUCACGAACACGUGGAAAGGAAGAGUCUGGAAUUUGCAAAAUCAAAACUAGAAGAACUCUCAAGGAUAAUGCAUGAUGAAGUGAGUGAUACUGAGAACAUACGGAAAAACCUUGCCAUAGAAAGAAUGAUAGUGGAAGGCUGUGAUAUAUUGUUAGAUACCAGCCAGACUUUUAUUCGACAAGGUUCUCUCAUUCAAGUCCCUUCAGUUGAGAGGGGGAAGCUCAGUAAAGUUCGUCUGGGCUCAUUGUCUUUGAAAAAAGAAGGAGAAAGACAAUGCUUCUUAUUUACAAAACACUUUUUAAUUUGUACAAGAAGUUCAGGAGGAAAACUGCACCUGCUGAAGACAGGUGGUGUUCUCUCUCUCAUAGAAUGCACCUUGAUUGAGGAGCCAGAUGCAAGUGAAGAUGAUUCAAAAGGUUCUGGGCAAGUGUUUGGACACCUGGAUUUUAAGAUUGUAGUGGAACCUCCGGAUUCUGCUCCUUUCACAGUUGUCUUGUUAGCGCCUUCUCGCCAAGAAAAAGCUGCCUGGACAAGUGACAUAAGUCAGUGUGUCGACAACAUUCGGUGCAAUGGCUUAAUGACAAUAGUAUUUGAAGAAAAUUCCAAAGUGACUGUGCCACAUAUGAUUAAGUCUGAUGCCCGUCUUCACAGAGACGAUAAAGAUAUCUGCUUUAGCAAAACAUUAAACUCCUGCAAAGUGCCCCAGAUUCGCUACGCCAGUGUGGAAAGACUCUUGGAGAGGUUGACAGACUUGCGUUUUCUCAGUAUUGACUUUCUCAACACUUUUCUGCAUACUUACCGUAUCUUCACCACAGCAGCGGUGGUCCUGGAAAAGCUGUCUGACAUAUACAAGAGACCUUUCACAUCUAUCCCUGUCAGGUCUUUGGAAUUGUUCUUUGCUACCAGUCAGAACAAUCGAGGUGAACACUUGGCAGAUGGGAAGUCACCACAUCUGUGUCGAAAAUUCUCUUCUCCACCCCCAUUAGCUGUAUCCAGAACUUCUUCCCCUGUCAGAGCCAGAAAGCUGUCGUUGACUUCCCCCCUGAACUCAAAAAUUGGAGCCCUAGACCUCUCUGCUUCUUCCACCACCAGCAGCCCAACCUCAACUUAUAGCCCUGCUACAUCCCCACCACCCCACACUGGUAAAGUACCAUUGGAUCUUAGCAGAGGCCCUUCUUCUCCAGAACAAAGCCCCGGAUCUCUAGAAGAGAAUUUAGAUAACCCCCGCAUGGAUCUGUGUAACAAGCUAAGACGAAAUAUUCGAAGAGCAGCAGUUCUUGAAACUGUGUCUGGGGAUCGAACAAUGUCUGAAAGUACUCCAGCUGUGGACAUCGCUGAACUUUCACCGUGCCGAUCACCUUCGACUCCUCGACAUUUACGGUAUCGUCCACCUGGAGGACAGACAGCUGAUAAUACCCACUGCUCUGUUUCCCCUGCCUCUGCUUUCGCUAUAGCUACAGCUGCUGCGGGACAUGGGAGUCCACCAGGAUUUAACAACAGUGAGAGAACCUGCGACAAAGAGUUCAUAAUACGCAGAACAGCCACCAACCGAGUACUGAAUGUCCUCCGUCACUGGGUCUCAAAGCACUCACAGGAUUUUGAACUCAACAAUGAACUAAAGAUGAAUGUCCUAAAUUUGCUGGAGGAAGUCUUGAGAGACCCAGACCUUCUACCCCAAGAAAGGAAAGCCACGGCUAAUAUACUGAGGGCCCUCUCUCAAGACGAUCAGGAUGACACUCACCUCAAAAUGGAGGAUAUUAUCCAAAUACCUGACUGUCCUAAAGCAGAAUGCUUUGAAACCCUGUCAGCCAUGGAACUUGCUGAACAGAUCACACUGUUAGACCACAUAGUGUUCAGGAGCAUCCCCUAUGAAGAAUUUCUUGGGCAGGGUUGGAUGAAAUUGGAUAAAAAUGAAAGAACACCCUACAUUAUGAAAACCAGCCAGCACUUUAAUGAUAUGAGUAACCUUGUGGCCUCCCAGAUAAUGAAUUAUGCUGAUGUCAGCUCCCGGGCCAAUUCCAUUGAGAAAUGGGUCGCUGUUGCAGAUAUUUGUCGAUGCAUGCACAACUACAAUGGAGUGUUGGAAAUCACCUCAGCCUUAAAUAGAAGUGCAAUCUACAGGCUGAAGAAAACUUGGGCCAAAGUCUCUAAACAGACAAAAGCUCUUAUGGACAAACUUCAGAAGAUUGUGUCUUCAGAAGGAAGAUUUAAAAAUCUCAGAGAAACACUCAAAAACAAUUGUAACCCCCCUGCAGUCCCUUAUCUUGGAAUGUACCUAACUGAUCUGGCUUUUAUUGAAGAAGGAACACCAAACUUUACUGAGGAAGGCCUUGUCAAUUUUUCAAAAAUGAGAAUGAUAUCACACAUUAUCAGGGAGAUACGCCAAUUCCAGCAGACUUCCUACAGGAUAGACCACCAGCCAAAGGUCACUCAGUACUUGCUGGACAAAACUCUCAUCAUAGAUGAGGAUACGCUGUAUGAGCUGUCACUAAAGAUUGAACCUCGACUUCCUGCCUGAAGAGCCCGCUUUGCCCCUGAAUCUAUGGAAAGUGUCCACAUGAAGAGACCGAACUGUGCCUGCCACACCUGCACAAUGGGUGGGGAAGGGAUGGGAUUUCAAGCUCCAUUCUCCUCUGACAAAAACUGAGGCUUCCAGAAAUUCUGUCUCAAGCCAGGAGAACAGAGCUGUUUAGGGUACAAGGCCGAUGCUUCAGACUCGGGCAGGAGGCUGGCAAAGUUGUCACUUUGCAAAGCUAGAGCAGUAUUUGCCUCUUUUUAAAGGAAGGCCGGAGUAGAGAAAGAAGGCCUUCGUCACACUGAGUGGCGGUUGCUAAUUUCGUGGGGAUAGCCAAGGAGGUAAAUCUGACUGUACCAUGUUCCAUUAAGAGCAUGUGAGCAGAGAAAGAGAGAGAAAGAGAGAGAGAGAUGAUGAUGGUGAUAAUGAUGUUUCUCUGGCAUGUUACUUAACAGGAAACAUCUACCAAUCCAACUUUAGGAUAUAUAUGCUUUCAUUACAUUCAGUUUCAAAUCAGUAAGAGCUUCACAGCAAAAUGUAGUCACCUUGGGUAUGAGCUGCCCAGCCCCUAAACUGUUUCUGCUUCAUAGCAUGUGCAUUGUUUCAAAUGUAUGGAUCAAUAUGUAUCUUUAAGUAAUCUAAUGUUCUGAAUUCAUCUUUUCAGUCUUUGGGCAGCUAUACAAGAUGACAAAGGUGGGGGUGGGGAGCACAGGGGACAAAAGUGAAAUAAACUUGACUUUAUAGAUAAGUUUCCCUUAGACCCAGAGAGCUGCUCACUAGAAGCGGAAGUCCAGUGCAUUUCUUUAGCAUCCACUCUCUCUUUGUGGAGUGGUCAGGUCCCAGGUAGAUAAAAGUAGGGACUAUCCUGAGUCCCAGGCAUCUGCUUGACUUCUCUGGGAUCAGGGGCUCUGGCUGCUGGCUGAUUUUACUGUCAGUUCAGACCCCUGCCCUUGACUACUGUCACCCUGAGAUCUCUUCCUUUCCUCCUUUGCCCCAUAACCCCACUAGGGGAGCUGCUAAUCAAGCCUAAAAGGCAAUAAGUUCCUACAAUGAAGACUGCAGGAAUGGUAUGUUAAAACUUUUUAAUGCAAAUAUUUGCUUUAAACAACACAUCUUUGCUCAAUAUCAACUCUGCUUGUUUUCUGUAUUUCUACCCUGGUAAUUUCCUGGGGUUAAUGUUGGGAUUCUGUUCUGGUAGGGACACUGUUUGUGGAUCCAAGAUUAUGAUAUAUGACCAGAAAAGGUCUUGUGAGUAAUAUUUUUAAAGCCCUGUGUUACCGCAUGAUGGCAGGUCGAAUCCCCUCUGGGCAUGCAACACUUCUAGUCCUCCAGUAUUUGGCCUAUAGUAGCUGCAGGGGAAUUUAGGGUAACAGGCCCCACCAGGCAUCCCUCUUGCCCAUAGGGAAAGUCAUGUAGGUUAUAGCUAAGAUUACCUUUCCCCAAACUAUCAGCUAGUGAAGAAAUGGGGCUUUGUUAUCAUUUAUCUCCCUUCUUUUUUUAGGGAGACAGCUGUUGCAUUUAAUUACAAAGGAAAGGGAAAGAAAGUGAGAAAGAUGUUGUUACCCUAGCCUUUUGCAUCUGACUUUAUCUCUAAGAGUUGAGAAACUUAUUAAUGCUGACAAUGAAGAAUUGAUCUUUCGGGCUUGAUUUUUUCCUCUUUAUUUGCACUUUAAUUAUGUUACUAGAGCUAACAGCUGUCCAAUAAAUUCCACUCACAGUCUCUUAAGACCAGUGGAAGGGCUACCAUUGAGGAUGCACCUUUUGUGGCAGUGAAUGUCAUCACGUUUUCUGUACCUCAAGGGCCAUUUCUGUAAAUAACUGCAUAACAAAACAUCAAAUAAGUACUAGCAGCUCAAUUUACAAUCUUUGAAGACCUUUCCAGGAGCAUCUUCAGUAAUUCUGAAUUAACUAGCACGAUGACAUUAUACCUGAGAAGGGUCAUUUACAGAUAUUCUAUUUUUCUUUAAAGAAAAAAAAAUUGCUUGUCCUUUAUAGUAUGAAAUAAGAGGCUAACGCAUCCUGAUGCAUGAUAAGAAGCAUGGCGUUCUUUGGAUCAUAAUAACACACAACUGUAUAGUUCAUUUAUCAAUUGUGCAUAAUAUAGAAUUUGAAAUUAACAACUGACAGCUGCAUACAAUACCACAAAGUCUGCAGUAGAGAAGGAAAAAAAAACAGAUUGCUCCUUUUUUGGCUAGAAACCUACUCUUGCUGCUUGCAAAAAUAAAAAAAUAAAAAAAGGAUAAAACUGAGCAUAUGAGAAUAUGAAAUAGAGGCUGGCAUAUCCUUGAGUUACUGGCUAAAUAAUGAUGGAAUGGGAGGACAGGCUGUAAGCUGUCAGUUCUGCCCUGCAGUGCCAGAGAGCCUCCAGCAGUGAGGGAAGGACUGACUGUGUGCCCAUCACAUUUUUCUCCCGAUUUCACAUCUACAUCUGAAUUGCAAAUUUGGACACAUUUUAGUUCUCUGUUCCAAAUGAAUCAGUAUCCAUACACAUCCUUUCUAACCAUGUUAAAUACAUAUUAUUACAGAAAAACAGGAAGCAGGAGUCUCUUAAGUGGUCAGUCCUAUUCUUUCCACCCUACAAAGCAGGUAAAAGGGAUGCAGUGAUUCAGUAGCUGCUUUCCAAAAGCUUUUUUACAUUGUAGCAUCUGCUGAAUCUGCACAGGCCAGGCUGGUGCCAUUGCUGACUACAUUCUCCCUUUCCAUGUUUGGCUCACGUCCACUAGCCGAGGGGUUCUUAGCCUUUUCUUGUGUCAUCGAUCCCCAUGACAGCCUGGUAGGGCCUAUGGAUCCCUCUCGGAAUCAUGUUUUUAAAUGCAUAAAAUACAAAGGAAAACAAUUACAAUGAAAUAGUUAUAAAAAUUAUUUUUAAAGUUCACAUACUGUGAAUUAGGAAUCCCUGUUCUGGUAAGAUGGGCAAGAGCUGUGUGAGGGAAUAAAUGGGGUGCAACAUCAUACUUACACAGUUAUGCACCUCAUGUGAUGUGCCCCACAUCUGAACAAGAGUGCUGUGAGUGCACUGAAAAGGAAAUGUGUCCUCAGACAGGUUCCUGAAGAUUUUCUUCUCCAUUUUGAAGCCAACUGAAAUAGAGGACAUAUAUAAUGAAUGCUUUAUAAUACCUUCAUUAAGUGACCAAACUGGGACCAUCUUGUUAUGUUCUUGUCAUAUUUCUGUGGCAUUUCUGAAACUUUGUAAGCUGUGAGAUAGAUUGACACUUAUAUCCCUUAAGCCCUUUGGAUAGACCAUCCCAUCAGGAUGUGGGACCACUUUUGGUUUCUGAUUGUAUGGACUGUCACUUCACUUCCAAAUAGAAGACAUUAAAAAAAAAUGUACAAAUAUUUUUGAUCCAAACUACAAAUGCCUAUAUAGGGAAAAUAUAUAUUACAUGGACAGAAAUCAAACUCUAGUCUCAUGCUUCCACCUAAAUACCCACAAUUGCCAUGAGAUUAUAUUUAAGGGAUACCUUUGGAUAUGAAAUAAGACAUCCAGUUUCACCACAGAGCCACAUCUCUUGCUAAAGCAGAUAUGUUCUUUGACAUAAAAAGGCAUGAAGUAGAGUACUGUCACCUUCCCUUAGUAUUUCAGUGAAAUAACUCAGUUUGGUUACUUAGAAUUGCUGGAGGACAAUUUUAUUCAGUCACCAUUCAACAAAGCAUCUGGUUGUUAUUUGGUGAAUUUCUGUAAAAUUGAAAGUUAUUAUUAAAAGAAAACUAAACUGUUCUAUUUUGAAUAAUUUGGAAUAGACAAAAUAUUAUCCAGUUUGGUUUUGUAUAGUGAACAUACUUAUCUCCUUUUCACAUAAAGCCGUCACUAAAUUAUAUAAAACAAAAUCUUGGCUGGAUAAGAUUUUAGAAAUUUUCAAAAUUCUGAGGAGUAAUUUCUUCUACUUUAUGAUAAACAGUUUUCAAAUAGGUUUCAUUUCUAAAUUGAUCAAAAUAAACGUACUCUUUACAAAAUAAAGGUUUUAUUUGAUUUUUAUCUGGCCUAAGUUGGCCUACUAUCACCAAAUAAAUCUCUUCUGUGAUUAUAAAGUGUAUUGUGUAUGUAUAUAUAUAUGUAUACACAUAUAAUAUGCAUAUAUGUAUGUGUCACAUAUGGGAUGUAUGUAUGCAUACAUAUAUAUCCAACCUCAGUAAUCUAAUCAUUUUUGCAACUCUAUCGAAAUAGGUUAUAAGGAUGGAGCGCUGUUGUAACCAAGCAGAAAAAACCUGGCUAAUGUCUAUAACAGGUAAAAACAAUGAGCAAAGUCAUGAAUUAUUCUUCUGUUUAGCCUUAAACAGGAAAACAACACACUAGUUACAUAAAAGUUGUUUUGAUGGCAAAUGUUACCAUAUGAAAUUAUUCAGUGUUGAAAUAUGUUUUUAAAAAAAUAGAAAUCUGUUACAGCUGAAGAGAAGAAUCCUGGCUGAUGUCCAUAACAGGGAAGAACAAUUAGCAAAGUCAUGAAUUAUCCUUCCAUCUAGACUCAAAUAAGAAGACAAAUUGCUGAAGUGACAGUUUAUGCUAUGAUUGUGAGUAUUAGCAUUUGAACAUAUUGGUUGAACCUUGCAUCCUGGUACGAAAUAAAACACUAAUUCAAACAUUCUUCAGUUCAGAAAUCAAUCACAGUUUCAUUUAUUAAAGGUCACCAAAGGCCUGUAACCAAAGCAGAGUGGAACUGAACAAGAAACCAGUUAUCUGGUUUUUUUCUUUUUUUAAAAGUAUAACCAGAUGGAUCAUUUAUGAAUGUUGUUUGUCCUUUCUGUCACCGUGUAGUAUGACAUAGCUGUCCAACCUCAAAGCAGGAAUUUGUCAUAUUUGAUCCUCUCAAGGAAAAUUAAUUAUAUUGAACUUUUAUAUGCACCAUUUGCAUUUUAUCAUUCUACCACCCUCCUUGGUCCCUUUUACAAUGGAUUUGAAUGUGUAGUUCAUUAGAUAAAAAAAAAGUUUGUGUCUCUUGGAAAGCACACUAUUAAUAUCCAGGCGCAUUAUGUCUCCUCUGACAUCUGAUAUAUACUUGACAUUUUGACAGAAGGUUUUUGCUUCGUGUACUAAGGCUUAUUGACUUAUGGGGUACAGACUGUGCCUAUAUGCAAAUUAAAUACCUAUUCUCGAAUGUAAACCUUCUCCUUUGUGUGUUCAUUUCAUUCUCCCCCUCUUGCCCUGUUAAAUUCCUACACAUCCUGGCCCCUACCCAUCUUUCUAGCCUUUGCUACUUCCCCCCAAGAUAGCUUCUAAUUCUCCUCACCACUGGCAAUGACCUUUCCCCUCUGACUUCAGAGAAUGCUCAGUUUUACACUUUUUAAGAGUGCUCAUCAUACAAUGUUGUAAACUAUAAUUAUUUGUUUGUAUCAUCCCUCUGUCAGACUGUAAGCCCCCUAAGGGCAGGCACUGUGUCCUCUUCUAAACUUUGUAUAUCCCCUGAUGACAUCUAGCACGGUUCUGUCCCCGCUGUAAGCACUUAAUAAAUAUUUAUAACA